AUGCAAGAUGGUAACCUACCAAGAGGCUACAAGGUGGAAUUAUCAAUUAAGUUUAAGGUUCAUGAAUCAACAAUCACAAGACUUUUCAAUGAAAUAAAAAGACAGAUGGCAGAAGGGAAUUUGAUUGAUGUCAGGUCCAAAAAGAUAGGCAGGACAGGUCCAAAGCUAAUGGAAUUUUCUGAUGAAUUCCUACAGUCAGUCCCACUGCACUUAAGGCAGACAGAAAGAUCAUAUGCUACUGCACUCAACAUUUCACAUGUUACUCUUCAUUAUUUGAAGAAAAAGGGGAGAAUCAGAACACACACAACAAGCAGCAAGCCAGUACUAACAUCAGAUCACAAGGUGGCAAGAAUGAAGUGGGUUUUGUCUCACAUAAACCCAAUCCAAGGGAAUGAGAACCCCACAUUUGAUGACAUGAAGUAUUUCAUCCACAUUGAUGAGAAAUGGUUUUAUCUAAACCUAGAUAAAAGGAGAUUUUAUCUGUUACUAAGUGAGGAAGAUCCCUAUAUGGCUCAACAAUCAAGGAGGUUCAAAUUAAAAGCUAUGUUCAUGGCCAUUAUAGGGAAGCCUCUUUAUGGGAGAAAUGGGGAACUCCUACAUGAUGGGAAAUAUGGGAUAUUCCCAUUCACAAAGCAAGAAAGGGCAAAGAAGUCAAGCAAAAACAGACCAGCUGGCACAAUGGUCACAAAAGCACUUCAAAAUGUCAAUAGAGAUGCAAUAAGAGAUAUGUUACUUAACAAAGUCAUACCAGCAAUAGUGUCAAAAUGGCCAGCAAGUUUGCCCAAAAAUGUGGUGAUUCAGUGGGAUAAUGCAAGCCCACAUCAAAUACCAAGAGAUGAAGAGUUCAUUGCAGCAACACAAGCAAAUGGAUUUAACAUUGAGGUUGUGUUCCAACCAGCACAAUCACCAGAUUUGAAUGUGUUAGACUUAGGUCUGUUUAGAUCUAUUCAAUCUUUGCAAUAUCAAUCUUUUCCAAAGAAUGUAGAUGAGCUUGUUGAAAAGGUCAUUGAGUCUUAUAACAAUUUCAAACCAGAAGUAAACAAGUACAUUUGGGUGACAUUACAAAGAUGCAUGAUCAAGAUUCUAAAGGCAGAAGGAGGGAACAAGUACAAAAUCCCACAUAUGAACAAGAAAAAGCCGGAGAAUUUAGGCAUUCUCCCAAAUCAGAUUGAAGUGGACAGGAGUAUAGUGGUGGAAGCUGUGGAAUACCUGAACACAAUGUUCAGUCCAACACCCCAGGGAAAUCAUGAAGUAGAAACAGAAGACAUGGAGGUAGAUGCAGACUAG